CGUUUGGUAUUUGUUUAGUUAGGCCUAGUGGUAAGACUGUACAAUCGAUCUAGAAAAGUAGAUGCUCUGUAUGCGGAAGUUGAAUAAGUAACAAGCUAAAGAUUAAAUUCAAUUUAAAUUGAUGAGGACCAACAAGCAGCUGUGCAGCCAGAUGAUGUGUCUGCUUGGAGAGUCCUGCUUCAUGAAGCAGUAGCGGGGGGGUGGAAAGUGUCUGUGACACCACCCCAGUCUCUGACCCUCCCUUUUGACUGAGUCAACAUGUCCUUAGUAAUGUUUCCACCCUGCUCCCCACCUUCCUCCACCUCAAUUCCUGGAAGCGGUGGUGGUGACAUAUCUGUAACUGGCAUGACAAGUCAAUGCCCUGAGCAGGCUCUGUUUGCGUCGGACCGCUACGCCCGACUGAUCCUGGCUCAGAUGAAUAAAAUGCGUCUCCGGACAGACUUUUGUGACGUCAGGCUGCGGCUGGGAAGCCGGGUGUUCAGUGUCCACAAGCUGGUCUUAGCUGCCAGCAGCCCCUACUUCUCUGCUCUCUUCUCUGGAGGAAUGAGUGAGGCAGACAAGGAGGAGGUGCAGAUUCUGGGUGUGGAGGCACAGGUGUUUGAGGUGCUGCUGGAGUUCAUUUACACAGGUGUGAUAAAUGUGACAGUGGAGAACAUGCAGGAGCUGAUGGUGGCGGCAGACAUGCUCCAGCUGAGUGAGGUAGUGUCCAUCUGUGGAGAGUUCCUCAAGGGCCAUAUGGACCCAUCCAACUGUGUUGGGGUCUACCAGUUCCUGGAGCAGAUUGCCUGCAUGGACAUGCUGGAGUUCACUGAAAACUACAUCCACGUCCACUUUCUAGAGGUGUGUGUGUCGGACGAGUUCUGGGGCCUGUCUAAGGACCAGCUGGUGAAGUUGCUGCGGAGCGAAGAGCUGCGGAUCGAGGACGAGUACCAGGUGUUCACUGCAGCCAUGGACUGGGUUCUACAGGAUGUGGCCAAGAGGAAGAAGCAUGUGGUGGAGGUUCUAGACCCGGUUCGGUUUCCCCUGCUUUCACCUCAGAGACUCUUCAAGUACAUUGAAGGAAUUUCUGACUUCAGUCUCCGGGUGGCACUGCAGACACUGCUGAGGGAAUACACAGAGGUCAGCAAGUCUCCCAAGGAGAAUAAGAUGUACAGCCUGUUACAGCCAGCCAAGAUGAGGCCCCGGAGAAAAGCUAGGAAAUACCUCUAUGCUAUAGGAGGUUACACCCGGCUGCAAGGCGGGCGUUGGAGUGACAGCCGAGCCCUGAGCUGCGUAGAGAGAUUUGACUCGUUCAGCCAGUACUGGACCACGGUGUCCUCCCUGCACCAGGCACGCAGCGGACUGGGAGUGGCCGUGCUGGAGGGGAUGAUCUACGUCGUGGGAGGGGAGAAGGACUCCAUGAUAUUUGACUGCACAGAGAGAUAUGACCCGGUGACAAAGCAGUGGGCGGCUGUAGCCUCUCUCAACUUCCCUCGCUGUGGGGUCGGCGUCUGCCCCUGUCACGGGGCGCUCUACGCCCUGGGUGGUUGGGUUGGGUCAGAGAUUGGGAAGACGAUGGAACGCUACGACCCAACAGAGAAUAAGUGGGAGAUAAUUGGAAGCAUGGCAGUGCCUCGGUACUAUUUUGGUUGCUGCGAGUUGCAAGGGUUCAUCUAUGUAAUUGGGGGGAUCAGUGAUGAGGGGAUGGAGCUGCGCUCAGCCGAGGUCUAUGACCCCAUCUCACGGCGCUGGAGUGCCUUACCCGUCAUGGUCACCCGGCGGGCCUACGUGGGGGUGGCCUGCCUCAACAACUGCAUCUACGCUGUGGGGGGCUGGAACGAGGCCCUGGGCUCCCUGGAGACUGUAGAGAAGUACUGCCCCGAGGAGGAGAAGUGGGUGGAGGUGGCCCCGAUGGCAGUGGCGAGGGCCGGUGUGUCUGUGUCUGCCGUUAAUGGGCUGCUGUAUGCUGUGGGGGGAAGGGCCUCCAGCAGAGACUUCUCAGCCCCCGUGACGGUGGACUCUGUAGAGAUCUAUGAUCCCCAUCUGGAUACCUGGACAGAGAUUGGCAAUAUGAUUACCAGCCGCUGUGACGGGGGCGUGGCUGUGCUCUGAGGCCGAGCCUUAGCGAGGUGGUCGGGUGAACCGCUCGCCUAACGAAUAGCCAUGAAUUCCCGGUUUUACCAGAUUUUAAGAGGAGAAAACGUCUGCGUCGUACAAUGACAUGGUGAAUACACUUGCCUGAGGUGUAGAGAUUCGCAUUUACUCCCAGAGCGAGAAAUGCCUGAAAGGCUUUAGCCUAGCAGGCUGACGCUGUCUUGUUGUGCAGCAGAAGACUGGAUCUGUUACCUUGUUGGACACUAGAAAGCAGUAUUAAGUCCUUCGCCAUAUCAUAGAUCUCAUGUUCAUGGUCAGCAUGGUUUUCACUUGCUAGGGGUUUUGUUUUUGAUGCAGCAGUGAUAACAUGUCGUAGCAGAAUCAAACUCCGUUAAGUCCCAUGUAUAUUGGUCACGUUGUAUUUAGAAAGCCAAUAGUCAGUGAACUUCAGUCAGACUACAAUACUUCUUUCAAUAGCAUGAACAUUAUUUCCUAGCUUGAAGCUUUACUCUGUAGAUAUGGACCUGCCACGUUCGUUUUUGACAUUACAACAAUGUUCCUUCUAACAAAAAAUGUGUUCGUGGGCAUGACUUUAUUGCAGGUGUAAUGAAUCAACAGUUAAAAAAAAAUAUAUACUAAAAACAAAUCAUAUAAUUUGCUUAAUUUAAAUAUGAAUAAUGUAAUAACUUACCAACAUCAAUGCAUCGAUGUUCUACUCUGCUAUUUGAUGCACACACCAGCACCCACCACCAAUUACAACACCAACUCAUGCAUAUCCUUCAGAAAUACUCCGAUAUGAACAAGUAUGCAUUUGAAAUGAACGCACAUGCACUCACGCCGCUGGCUUUCAGUCAAAGCUCUCCAUUAGUCUAUGGUCAUUGCCUGUGGAGUACCAGUGGGACCUGCUCCUCCCUACCUCCUGGCAAUGCUCCAACCCUACAUCCCAACUCUACCGUUACGCUCUGCCUCCCCUGGUCUCUUGGCUUACCCUCCCCUACACCAUGGCAGCUCCCAGUCUGACUAGACAAAGCUCUUCUCUGUCGUUGCUCCCCAAAGGUAGACCCAGCUUCACCCUGAUACUGCUCAUCCUCUGAAAACAUCUUAAAUGCUACCUCUUCAAAUGGUUUUGUGGAAGAAGACAUCUCAGUUUAGUUUGCUCGUCUUUCCCUAUUAGCACAGAGUUUGCUGGUAACUUCUUCUUUGGGAACAAACCACUGUGAAAUAUGGCUGUCUUACAUGACUGUCUCUAAAUGAAUGCACUCUGGAUAAGAGUCUCGUAAAUUACUAAAAUGGUACCGAUAGGCAUCCAUUUAUAAGAAAUGUCACAUUACCUUUUCUUCCUUUUGAGCUGUUUGUUAGUAGUGGGUGUUUAAGUUUCUCUUAAUCGCUCCUGUUGGGAUUUGAACCUAUACUUUGAACCUAAAAGAGUUCAUCUGAUAACAUGCACUGUUGAAACGUAAAGAUAAUGUCACCUGUGAAAUACUACAUCAGUUGUUUUUUUACAUUACCACUUUGGUGACUAAAAUAAUUUCAACCAAUCAUGUAAUUACAUAACCAAAGCUAUCCAGUCAGUAACAUCAGAUUUUUCUAUUACAAAACAAACUACUGUAAUGAAGACCAGACAUUUGUUGUGAAAGUUGUAUGAUACAUGUUGUAUUUAUGUGGUGUUAUAUUUCAACAUUCAUCAAGGGUUUAUGUAUUAAUUUAUACAAUUCUCUAUGGCAAGCCCGGCAUUUUUAGUCUUUGCAAUUGACAAGUUGUCAUUUAAUAGCCAUUAGUUAUUAAUCAUUGCAAUAGUAGCUAGUAACUAUUUUAAGUUCACUAGUGAAAGUUGAUUGGAUAGUAGUACAUUUUCAAUGGAUUUUAGUAAAAGUAAAAUAUUUACUCAACAAAAACAAUAUUGAUACAAUAGUUCUUCCAAAACUCCCAGUCACUAUUGUAAUUGUUAUUGCUAUUCAAACCUAUUUGGUUUGUUUUUACUAAAAGUGAUUUUGUCAUAAAAUAACACAUCCUGAUUAAAAAAGAAAAUGAAACCAUGGAUUAAAGUUUAUUUUGGGCCAUUGACUAUUUUCAGAGUGAGGUACCAUCUAACCAGAUUUCACUAGUGAAUAUCUUGAUGUUACUAUUCACUAUUAAAUAAAUAGCAGUAUUUAUUUAAUAGUGAGUCCCUAAUCACAAUUAAGAUACAUUUGAGAAAUACUCAGUCUCUACUCAAGGGAUGUUCAAUUUGAAACUCUAAAUAUAACAACUUUAAAUGUAAAUGUUCAAAUUGCUUGUAAUGCACAGACACCAGUAUGGAAUAUACCCACACACACCCAGUCUCUGCAUGUGUAUAAUGGAAACAGUAUUGUCACCACACCCAACCUUAUAUCACACCAAACAAAACAAAGCUUUGUAGCUGUUUAAGGGCAAAAUGCCUUACUCAUGGCCACCAAGGCAGUAGGAGAUGAAAAGCAAUCUAGGUGUCGUUGAACAUUUCUGUGGCUUGUUUAAUGUCCCUGAUAUAAUGCUUAUAGUAAGUGAACAAUCUUGUCUGCAGGAGACCUAGGUUAGAAACUAGUUUGCCCCUUUGAGGCUGUGACCUAUGAGUUGAAGUGGGUGUUGGAGUGUUACAAAGGCGUUUCGUUUCUAACCUUAGUCACUUGUUUCUUUGUUGAACUAUUGGGUGACGUGGUCUAGCUUGAAAUAAUCUCUUGUGGGCAGACUAUGUAAAACUGGACAGAACUGAAUGUCUUGAACCAUUGCUGUGUUCGUGAUAAGCAUUAGUUCUUACCCUUUUGACAAAUCACAAUUUUGAAGAUGUUUACAUGUUUGUUUAUUUCUCUAUAGUCCUGUAUGAUUUGCAUUGGUACAUUUUUGGAAAACACUUUAUUUGAAUUGACAAUCUGUUGAUGCUUUAUAUACCAUCUACAGAUUAACUAUCUUCCAAAACUAACCCCAACCUCCUAAAUCUCAUCCUCUCUCUUACCUUUUCCCUAACCCUUACACUGACACACUAGCUAACAUUUACUUUGUUUUUGAUAGUUUGUUAGAAGUAUGAAUAUCUGUAGCGCAUCUACAGAUGGUAAUUUUGACUAUACAAAUAAAGUGUAGCCUGUUUUUGUUUUAGUAGGCCAUGGGUGGUGUGCAUUAAACUGACAGAAGAAGGGUGGUCCCAGCAGUGUAAGUUAUCUGCGUCAUUGCAAUCAAGAGUGUCAUUUUUUAUCAUGUCAUACCCACAGUGGGCGGGACUGUUGUAGAAGGUGAUGCGGUUUGACUCAUCAGCGUCCGGGCUGGCUAGUAGAGAUUUCGAACACUUGCCUCGUUACGCUAUAGUGGCUCCUCGUCUCCUCCAUGCUGUCCUAAGUACAAAAGUUUCCGUUGAAACUCCCUGUUUGAGAAAACAGUGGAAUAAGAAAGAGAGACAAUUUGGCCAUAAUCACAAAUUGGGCGUCAGGAAAUUGUGAAUAAAAAUUACAUCACAUGACCACCUUAUCACAGCAACAAAGAAAAUGUGGAAUACAUAAAACUAUUGAUUUUGGUAUGCUAUUACACAACCGAGUGAAGUUCAUUGUUUAAUUAAAACCGAUUACAUACUGGUUAAUUUUAUUGCUGUGAAGUUAUGUUAACCAUUCAGCAUUUUACAAUGCUGAUGGCAAAGAAUACACACUUUUUUACUUACUUUAGGUAAUACUACUGGUGUUAUUACAUUAACCAUUGUGAUAGCGCCUUUUCAAUUAAAAAACAGAACAAAAAUCA